AGAAGAAACCCAACCUUACAUUUUUGACAUCUGUAAAGUUACGUGUCAAAAUUAUUCCAAUAUAUUUAAACACUUUUUUACAAAACUAUUUAUGAAUGCUCGUUCUUCAAAUAAUCGACCUCUACUCUCAUGCCAAGGAAAGCAAAUAAAAAUAGUUCCGAAGAGAUGAAUACUGUUCAUUCCCAAACGCAAUUACCACGAUUGUCGUCCACUUGCGGUCCAGCUCCCUUUAGCGAUGAGAAGGAAGCAAUUAGAAAUCGUGAAUUGUGCGAUUAUUCGCAAAAAAUCACCUACGAAAUGGCGAAGAGCGGCAGAGCGCCCAGACCCAUAAGAAUAUACGCCGAUGGGAUAUACGAUUUGUUUCAUCAGGGUCAUGCUAGGCAACUGUUGCAAGCGAAAAAUGCUUUUCCGAACGUUUACCUUAUUGUAGGUGUUUGUAGUGAUCGUAUGACACACAGUAAAAAGGGCCGUACUGUAAUGGAUGAAGUGGAACGAUACGAAGCCUUAAGACAUUGCCGUUAUGUGGAUGAAAUCGUAAGAGACGCGCCUUGGGAAUUGACUGAUGAAUACGUUAAGGAACAUAAAAUUGAUUUCGUUGCCCACGAUGAUGAGCCCUACGGUUCGGAUAGCAGCAACGAUGUUUACGCUCCUUGGAAAUUGAAAGGAAUGUUUGUGGCAACCGAAAGAACCGAAGGUGUUUCAACAUCAGAUAUUGUAGCGAGGAUAGUCCGUGAUUACGACAUAUACGUUAGAAGAAAUCUAGCGAGAGGAUAUUCGGCCAAAGAUUUAAAUAUUUCAUACCUGAGCGAGAAGAAGAUUAGAUUGCAAAACAAGAUGCACGAAUUGAAAGACAAAGGAAGAAGGGUGAUGGACAGUAUAGGUGAACGAAAGGACGACAUGAUUGCCAAGUGGGAAGAAAAAUCUAGGGAGUUUAUUGAAAAUUUCUUGCUCCUCUUCGGCCGAGAACGGCUUUCGAAUAUUUGGAACGAAAGCAAAGGGAAACUUUUAAGUGCUUUGAGUCCUCCGGUGUCGCCCCAUCCGCCCGCCAGUCCAAGUUCGAGUACAGAGGAUUUAGAUUUGAUAUCCGAUGACGGGAUGCCUCCGUUGAAAUCGCCCCGAUUCGAUUCGCCUUCGCCCUCGUCGUCGUCGACAUCCAAAAACUUUUAUAGCCUAGAAGAUUACAGCGACGAAGAAGAUAACGCAAUGCCAAUAAAGAACGGAAAAUUAUAAUAGUCGUAACGUUGCUAUUUGAAAUUGUUAGUGCUUGAAUAAUAUUACGAAGCGAUGUUAUUUAUGUUACAAAAUAAUAUGAAAGUGGUAAAUUUCUUGAAGUGUAACUAUUUUUAUUACGGCACAAUUAUUUAUUGUUAUGUAUUGGGUUUACUAUACUUUUAUAUUUAUAUUAUAUUAUACGUAACUUUAAUUUGAUUAAUAUUUAAUAUUUAUUUAUUUAAUUACAUGUGAUCAAUUGUGCUUUUACUUUUUGAUUGGCCAUCACCGAUAUAUAAUUAUCACUUUAUUUUCACCAUUUCACCGCAGGGCACCUAUACUAACGUG